AUCGAUUCGGCUUCGGUAUUCGUCCGCUUCUGCCGGUUUUUUAACUAUUCGGUUUCGGCCGAAGCAAAAAAUUGCUUCGGCCGAAGCGACCAUACGGCGCGAGCCGCGUAAAAACUUGUCGAGACUCGUCGUUCGGAAGUGAACUGUCAGCAAUUUCCAGCGUAUUUAUUUAAUUCAGUUCGUUUCUCUGUUGUUUUAUGUGCGAGAGGAUUAGCUCAGUUUAUUUAAAAAUGGAAAAAAGGAGUAGUGAUGUCUGGAGUUAUUAUGUGAUAUCUGAAAAUAAUAAUAAGUAUGCAAGGUGUAGUAAGUGCAAUUGUGAGAUAUCUAGAGGCGGAAUUGGUAAGAGCGCUACAACAACAUCAAUGAUUAACCACCUAAAAAGAAAACAUAAAGACGAUCAUAAGGAAUUCCAAGGAAAAUCUGCGAUCAAAAAGUUAAAACAGCCAACAAUUGCUGAUUCUCUAUAGUUACGUACUAAAUGGGAAAUUGACGAUCACCGUGCAAAACCUAUUCAUUAUGCAAUAGGUGAAAUGAUUGCUUUAGAUAAUUUACCUUAUUCUAUUGUAACUAAUUUGGGUUUUCAAAGAUUGAUGUUCAAAGUUGCGCCCCAAUAUACCUUACCCGGCAGAAAAUAUUUUACUGAAAAUAUUGUUCCUAACAUUUAUGACCGCUUAGUGACAGUGAUAAAAAACAGUUUAUUAAAUGUAGACUCUUUAUCGUUAACAUCUGAUCUAUGGACUUGCUCUCACACAAAUGAGAGUUUUAUUAGUUUCACGGGCCAUUGGUUUGAUUCUGACUUUAAGUAUAAUCAUGUGGUGUUAAACUGUAAACAUUUUCCUGGAAGUCAUACUGGUGAGUCAAUAAAAAAUGUAUUCUUUGAUAUGUUAAAUAUGUGGAAUAUAAACAUUUCCAAAGUUCAUUUGAUGGUACGAGAUAAUGGUGCUAAUAUUGUAAAGUGCUGUAACGAUGCUGAAAUCCCUAGUGUGUCGUGUUUUAUUCAUAACCUUCAAUUAGUGAUUACCCAAACUAUAGACACUCAAAGAUCUGUUUUGGAUUUAAUAGCAACUUGCAAAAAAAUGGUGGGACAUUUUAACCAUUCAUCUGCCGCAUGUACAAAAUUAAAAGAAAUUCAAACAGAGUUAAAUAUACCAGGUAAUAAGUUAAUUCAAGAGGAUGACCCAACUAGGUGGAAUUCCACCUUUUUAAUGAUCAAAAGAAUAUAUGAGCAAAAGAGAGCUUUAACUGUCUAUGCAGCCGAUCAUAAUGUGGAUAAUUUAACAUCAAACCAGUGGGUGUUAUUAGAAUCAUUAAUAAAUCUUCUACAACCAUUCGAAGAGAUUACAAAAAAAAUGAGUUCGAAUAAAGCGUUGAUAUCGGAAGUUUUGCCAACUGUUGUUACAUUGAAAAAAUACUUGAUGAAAGACCAGGCUGAAUUUUUUGGGGUUGGAACAAUGAAGCAAAUCGUUUUUGAUCAAAUUUCAAAGAGAUUCGAUGUUUUAUUUAAAAAUAAAUUCUUUGUAAUUUCAACUAUAUUAGACCCUAGGUUUAAGUUAGCAUUUUUUCAAAGUGAUAAUCUUGAAAAUUAUAAACAGUAUAUAAUAGAUGAGUAUGAGCAUUAUUUUUCAGUACAAGGACAAUCAACUAACUCUGACGAUGAUGAUAUCCCAUUAUUAAGAAUUCAACAAACAGUAUAUUUAGAAAAUAACUUAUCUGAUAAAACUAGUGAAGAAGUAGGAUCAUCCCAAAGUAAAUUAUGGCAAUGUUUUGACAAAAUUGCAGCUAGUUCUGCAACCAAAACACCCAAUAAAAAUAGCAUUAAAGAUGAAUUUGAAAUGUACCUGUCUUUACCUUUAAUUAAUAGAACCGAGAAUCCAACUACUUGGUGGAAAGACCGAAAAACAGUUUUUCCUAAAUUACUUCAGAUACUUUUAAAAUUUCUUACAGCCCCUGCUUCUAGUGUAUAUAGUGAAAGGUCAUUUUCGGAAGCAGGUAAUAUUUAUGAUGAAACUAGAAGCAGACUACUUCCAAAAAAUGCGGAAAAGUUGCUGUUCAUCCACCAUAAUUUACCUCUUGUAAAUUUCCAGUACUGAAAAAUAAUGCUCUUUUUCAUGUUUUUAGUGCGUUUUUGUUUUUUUUUUUUAAAUUUUUUUUUGGACUAUGUUGUUUAGCUUUUAUGAGAGUUAUUUUUUUGUUUGUUAUAAAUAUAUCGAAAUAACAUUUCCUAUAUUUGUGUUUUCAAUGUGAUGUUUUUGUUAAUAAAUGUUUAAGAGUCA